GGCUGGAGUGUGGCGGCCCGGUCUCUGCAGGUUACCGCGGGUGAAGCUGUCGAGGGCUCCGGUAGUUUCCUGAGGACACGCAUACCUGGCCCGAGACCCGACUUCCUUCCUGAAUUCAGAUCUCGUUGUUGUCCUGGGGACGCCACCGGAUCUUCUCCCGGAUCCUUUUCCUCCUUAACCUGCUGCUUUUCUUUUUCCUGCCUCCCCAGCUUCCAUCUCCCAACUCUGCUUUUCCCUCCUCUAUGCCCUGGGCCCCGGUAGCCCAAGCAUCCCACCUGCCACCUCCUGACUUUUCCCCCUUCUUGACCGCAAAUCCCUUGACCAACAGUGCCCCGCCAUAACCUUCUCACCACAGUCUCCUAAACUCCCCAUUCUUCCCUCUUUACCAGCUCCUGUCUCCCAAAUCCAGCUAACCCUUGAUCUCUUGACAUUUGACCCUGACACCCUUGACUCCAAACUUCUAAAUUCUAACCUUCUGAAGAUUGUACUGCUGAAACUGAGGUCUUCCCCUGACUUCCGACCCCCCUUUCUGAGACUCAUUUUGACUUUCUUACUCUUGGGCCAGUUCCUGCUGCUGCUAUUCCACCAUGGACUUCUUGAUGAGUGGUCUGGCAGCCUGCGGGGCCUGUGUGUUCACCAAUCCCCUGGAGGUGGUGAAGACCAGGAUGCAGUUGCAGGGAGAACUGAAGGCCCCUGGCACAUACCAGCGGCACUACCGAAAUGUCUUCCAUGCCUUCAUCACCAUCGGCAAGGUGGACGGCCUGGCUGCCCUGCAGAAAGGCCUGGCCCCUGCCCUCUUAUAUCAGUUCCUGAUGAAUGGCAUCCGACUGGGCACCUAUGGGCUGGUCGAGUCUGGAGGCUACCUGCACACGGCCGAAGGCAACCUCAGUCAUUCUCGCAGUGCAGCAGCUGGGGCCAUGGCUGGGGCCAUGGGAGCCUAUGUGGGGAGCCCCAUCUACAUGGUGAAGACACACCUACAGGCCCAGGCAGCCUCAGAUAUUGCUGUAGGACACCAGUAUAAGCACCAGGGCAUGUUUCAGGCGCUAACCCAGAUUGGCCAGAAACAUGGGCUGGUGGGGUUGUGGCGUGGGGCCUUGGGCGGCCUGCCCCGAGUCAUCACCGGUUCCUCCACCCAGCUGUGCACCUUUUCAUCCACCAAGGACCUCUUGAGCCAGUGGGAGGUCUUUCCUCCCCAGAGUUGGAAGGUGGCUCUGGCGGCUGCCAUGGUGAGUGGCAUUGCAGUGGUCCUGGCCAUGACACCCUUUGACGUGGCCAGCACAAGGCUCUACAACCAGCCCACAGAUGCACAGGGCAAGGGCCUCAUGUACCGGGGGAUUCUGGAUGCUCUACUGCAGACAGCACGGACAGAGGGAAUUUUGGGCAUGUACAAGGGUAUAGGUGCCUCCUACUUCCGCCUUGGACCCCACACCAUCCUCUCCCUCUUUUUCUGGGACCAGCUGCGCUCCCUGUACUACAUGUACACGAAAUAACAGCCACUCUCCCACACUCCACCAAAUCGGCACUCCUUGGACACUUGUGCCUCCACUACUAUGUCCUGGUGACUGACUACUGACCAGGUGACCAUUCAUCCAUCCAAAGUGGACAGCCAACCCCACUCCUCAUCUGUGUUCUCAGGGUUCAAUCACUACAAAGCAUAGUUUCCCUCCCUUCCAUGGGUGUUGCUUUAAACCUUCCCUACCCAUCCUCCUGUACACUUCACACUCCUCUCUCAGGGCUGAACCAGUCACUCCAAAGUGUAUUUCCUCCCUCUUCAUUGCCAGCCUUGGGUCCCUCCUGCUCCCAUGCACAGCUUUAAACUACCCCGCCUCUAAGACCAAAGGGAACUGGGGGACCUGUGUGUCUUGUUAGAUGCAAAUGCAUAGAGAUUAUAUUGGUUAUAAAGCAAGUUUAUUUCUGCA